UUUCGGAAACAAGCGACACACGCGGUUCAGAACCACACGGUGUCACGCGUAAUCUCGUCUCGACGCGUCGUGUCGAAGAAGAUAUCCGGAGAACGAGAAAUCUAGUAUACUUCGAUCGACUGCGUCGUUAACGAUAAUUCGAUAGUCGUCGUCGAGCCGUCGAAUGCAGAGAAAGAACGACUUUCGCGAUCGGAUCGAUGCGAAAAGAGACAAGAACUGACAAGAGACACUGCGCGAAGACGUACGUAGAAUCGAGCUGUGAUGAUCGUCAACGUAACGAAGCAAAAAGAGUGAAAAGUUUGAAAUCUCCAAGCUUGAAGCAGAGACACAAACAUGCCGGAUAUCGUGAGGUUUUUGUUCGCUAUAAUGCUUUGCAUUGCGAACAUGAUCAUCUAUGGAUUGAAGGUCAACAUCGCGACAGCUAUCGUUGGCAUGGUGAAAUCUAAAAAGCAUUCAAAUAGUCCAGGCGAUGUAACUUAUGAAUGUGAUUUUGGCGACGAAGACGUUUCGGGAGUCGAUAUAGAUGGUCCUUUUGACUGGACGACAACUGAGCAGGGCUUGGUCGUUAGCAUUUAUUUCGCUGGUUACCUCACGGGUAUGUUUCCUUGUGGAUAUUUCGCGGAUCGCUUCAAUACGAAGAACGUGCUGCUGAUAUGCGUGUUAGGGAACGCUUUUUUGACGUUGUUGGUGCCAGUAGCAGCCAACGUGCUACUGAUCCUUUAUAUUGUGAGAUUCUUGACCGGCCUAGUAAGCGCAGCGCAUCUACCUGUGGUGAACGUCCUCGUUGGUAAAUGGGUUGUUUACGAAGAAAAAAGCACGUGGUUCGCCAUCAUCUACGCUGGAACAUCGCUUGGUACCGUGAUCUCCAUCUUGAGUUCUGGUCUGAUACUCGACUGGUUCGGAUGGGAGGCAGUUUUCUACAUUCACGGUACACUGCCACUGAUCUGGUGUGCCCUGUUCUAUUGGUUUUUCGCUGACAAUCCAGAAACGCAAAAGUACAUUUCUGAAAAGGAAAGGCAACUCAUUGUGACCUCUUAUGGGCACAGAAGCCUUGAAUCUGCACACAUGGACGUUCCGUGGAAAGCCAUCUUCACGUCGGUACCCUUUUGGGCACUGAUUUAUACGAAUACUUUUGGGAACUUCUGUUGGUAUUUUUUACUCACACAACUGCCUCUGUAUAUGAACAAGAUACUCAGGUUCGAUAUAAAAUCGAAUGCUUCCCUGAGCUGCUCUCCAUAUCUGAUAAAUGCAAUAGUAAACCCAUUGUUUGGUAAAUUACUGGACUGGGGCAGACAAAAGAAUUAUUGGAGACAGACAGGUGGUCGAAAAGUUGCAGUAUUUAUAAGUUGUAUCCCACCGAGUUUAUGUCUUCUUAUAAUCGCUUAUCUCGGCUGCAACCGCGUAGGGUCCACAAUAUUAUUAAUACUGAGCAUAGUAUUCUGCGGUGUAAUUUUUGUUGGACAUCUCACCAAUCACAAUGAUUUGGCACCAAACUAUGCUGGAAUCUUAAUGGGCAUUACAAAUACUCCAGGGACAAUUUCUGCGUUUAUUCUGCCUGCUUUGGUUGGCGCGCUUAUGGAAACUGGGCACACUAUGGUAAAGUGGAGGUAUGUCUUCUGGAUUAAUAUUAUUGCUCAAACGUCCGCGUUUGUUGUAUUCGUGAUCUUUGGAUCGGCGGAGAUUCAACCAUGGAACCAAGCGCCAUAGCAAUGGUGAUGACGAGUCAGAAAUAUACUUCACUGUUAUUACUAUUGUUAAACUUUGGCCUGUUAUUCGUAAAUAGAAAGAUCUGCAAGAUGUAUAAAUUACGAAUUAAACUAGAACUUUUAUGUUUUAUGUA